AUGGAAGCCGCUCAGGAGCCGGUUGUCAAACAGACACCUCCGCUCCAGCAGCAGCUAUACCUGCGGCCGCAGAGACACCUCCGCUCAGCUCUGCUAUACCUGCGGCCGCAGAGACACCUCCGCUCCAGCAGCAGCUAUACCUGCGGCCGCAGAGACACCUCCGCUCAGCUCUGCUAUACCUGCGGCCGCAGAGACACCUCCGCUCAGCUCUGCUAUACCUGCGGCCGCAGAGACACCUCCGCUCAGCUCUGCUAUACCUGUGGCCGCAGAGACGCCUCCGCUCAGCUCUGCUAUACCUGUGGCCGCAGAGACGCCUCCGCUCAGCUCUGCUAUACCUGCGGCCGCAGAGACGCCUCCGCUCAGCUCUGCUAUACCUGCGGCCGCAGAGACACCUCCGCUCAGCUCUGCUAUACCUGCAGCCGCAGAGACACCUCCGCUCAGCUCUGCUAUACCUGCGGCCGCAGAGACACCUCCGCUCAGCUCUGCUAUACCUGCAGAGACACCUCCACUCAGCUCUGCUAUACCUGCAGCCGCAGAGACACCUCCGCUCAGCUCUGCUAUACCUGCAGAGACACCUCCACUCAGCUCUGCUAUACCUGCAGCCGCAGAGACACCUCCGCUCAGCUCUGCUAUACCUGCGGCUGCAGAGACACCUCCGCUCAGCUCUGCUAUACCUGCAGCCGCAGAGACACCUCCGCUCAGCUCUGCUAUACCUGCAGAGACACCUCCGCUCAGCUCUGCUAUACCUGCGGCCGCAGAGACACCUCCGCUCAGCUCUGCUAUACCUGCGGCCGCAGAGACACCUCCGCUCAGCUCUGCUAUACCUGCGGCCACAGAGACACCUCCGCUCAGCUCUGCUAUACCUGCAGCCGCAGAGACACCUCUGCUCACAGCAGAGACAGUAACUGGGCAAACGGAUGCUGCAUCUCCGUGGCUUAA